ACUGUGCCGGCUCGCGCCGCCGGUGCGCUGGGGCCUGGAGGGGUGUUCCGGGCGCGUUUCCCCGGCCCGGGUAGGGAAGGGGCACCCCGUGAGCGCUAGCCGGGGCCCCGACCUCGGUCCCCGCAACCCUGACGCGACGCUUUAGGCCUCGUGUGCAUUUUCACUCGAGGAAACUGAGUGCGACAGUCAGGCGACGUUACCCUGCUCUGGGCAGGGAGCGGGAGGCGGUCGGCUGAAUUCUGGAGCCGCCUCGGUCGCCACCUCUCCGGGCCCCGCUUUGUCCGCAGGGUCCCAUGAUGGCGGCGGCGUGGAUGGACCCGGCGCAAAUGCCUGUGACCUUUGAGGAUGUGGCGGUGACUUUCACCCAGGAGGAGUGGGGGCAGCUGGACCUGACCCAGAGGACCCUGUACCAGGAGGUGAUGCUGGAGACCUGCAGGCUCCUGGUAUCUCUGGGCUGUCCCUUGCCCAAAUCAGAACUGAUCUACCCACUGGAGCAUAGCCCGGAGUUACAGACAUCAAAGAGAGGCCUCUCCCCAAGUUUCUGCCCAGGUGAUAGCACAAAACCCGAGACCACACAGCCUCCCCCUUCCCACCUGGCCUUGUCUGAGGAUUUCUUACUCCAGGAAAGACGGACUCAGCCAGCCUCUGGGGAUGCCCAUGUGGGGCAAGGCAAGGGUCAGGAUGGGCUGUCAGAAGUUCAGGAAGGACAUUUGAGACCAGGAACAGACUCCCCAAGGGAGAAGCUCCCUGGAAAACUGAGUUCUGAAUGUGAUGGUUUAGGGAGAGAUGAUGGUUUGCACUCCAGGAUUGUCCAGGAACCAGUCUCUCCAGGAGACAUUCUAUGUGAACAAGACUCAUGCAGACUGAUGAGAGGUCCCUUAAUUCAUGAAGGGAAACAGCCCUAUAAAUGUGAGGAAUGUGGGAAAGUGUUUAACAAGAAAUGCUUCCUGGUUCGACAUAAGCACAUUCACUCUGGAGUGAAGUCCUAUGAGUGCACAGAGUGUGGGAAAACCUUUAGCAAGAGCACACACCUCCUGCAGCACCACAUGAUCCACACGGGGGACAAGCCCUAUGAGUGCCUCGAUUGUGGGAAGGCCUUCAACCGCAGAUCACACCUCACGAGGCACCAGCGGAUCCACACUGGGAAGAAGCCCUAUGUGUGCAGUGAGUGUGGAAAGGCCUUCACCCACCGUUCUAAUCUGGUCCUGCAUAACAGAAGCCACACUGGAGAAAAACCCUUUGUGUGCAAAGAAUGUGGGAAAGCAUUCCGUGAUAAGACUGGUUUCCUUCGACACUACAUCAUCCACACGGGAGAGAAACCCUUUGUGUGUGUCGAGUGUGGGAAGGCCUUCAACCGCAGGUCACACCUCACAUGGCACCAACAAAUUCAUAGCGGAGUGAGACCCUUUGAAUGCAAGGAAUGUGGAAAAGCCUUUUGUGACAGCACAGACCUCAUUCAGCACUACGUUAUCCACACUGGAGAGAAGCCGUAUAAGUGCCUUGAGUGUGGUAAGGCCUUCUACCGCAGGUCACACCUCAAGCAGCACCAGCGGAGUCACACUGGGGAGAAACCUUAUGUGUGCAGUGAGUGUGGAAAGGCCUUCACCCACUGCUCCACUUUUAUCUUGCAUAAAAGGGCCCACACUGGAGAAAAACCCUACGAAUGCAAAGAAUGUGGGAAAGCCUUUAGCAAUCGGUCAGACCUCAUUCGACAUUUCAGCAUCCACACUGAAGAGAAGCCCUUUGAGUGCAGUGAGUGUGGGAAGGCCUUCAACCGCAGGUCAUACCUCACAAGGCACCAGCGUAUUCAUAGCGGAGAGAAGCCCUAUGAAUGCAUGGAGUGCGGCAAAGCCUUUUGCCAGAGGGCAAACCUCAUUCGACAUGCCAUUAUCCACACGGGAGAGAAGCCUUAUGUGUGCACUGAAUGUGGAAAGGCCUUCACCUACUGCUACACUUUUAUCUUGCAUAAAAGGGCCCACAUUGGAGAAAAACCUUUUGAGUGCAAAGAAUGUGAGAAAGCCUUCAGCACUAGGAAAGACCUCAUUCGACACAUCAGCAUCCAUGCUGGAGAGAAGCCCUAUGAGUGCAGUGAGUGUGGGAAGGCCUUCAACCGCAGGUCAGGCCUCACAAGGCACCAGCGGAUUCACAGUGGAGAGAAGCCCUAUGAGUGCAUGGAGUGUGGGAAAUCCUUUUGCUGGAGCACAAGCCUCAUUCGACACACCGUCAUCCACACUGGAGAGAAGCCCUAUGAGUGCAUUGAGUGUGGAAAGGCCUUUAGUCGCAGCUCAUCCCUGAGUCAGCAUCAAAGGAUGCAUUCUGGGAGAAACCCUGUCAGUGUAACAGAAGUGGGAAGACCCUUCACAAAUGGGCAGACUUCAGUCAACCUCUAAGAACUCCUUUUGGGGAAAGACUUUUUGAAUGUAAACACUGAGGAAAAUGUUUUGCUAGAAGUAACAUUUACUCAUUCAUACCAAAGAGCAAUUCCACAAUUUUCUUCUCUGUGAGAAAACCUCCUAUUGCAGUAUAUCAGUUGUCAUCUAACAAGUCACGUUAGAAAUUGACUCAGCCUAGGAUUUCAUUCAACAUCGUAGAAUUCAUACAGGAAAGUGAUCCAAUGUUUAUCAUGCAUUUAGCAAAACCUUCAGCCACAUCUUCCUCCUUAGUUUAUACUGCAAAAUUAUUCUCAGGGAAAUUUAAACAAAGGAGAGGAGACAUAGAAGAGGGAAGACAAAUGCAAGCACAGCUUCUUCCAUACAAGUUUAUGGCAAUUUGUCAUCCCAUCCUUAGUUUAUUUGGGGAAAGGGAAGUAUUGUUUCAGAGAUCAGAGGGUCUUGUCCCUUUGUCUUUUAUAUACCUUCACUUCUGUCCAGCAUUGGGAGAGUUAGUUGUGGGUAUGUCUGAAAACAUCAGUUGAAAGAAAGCCUGUGUUCUACAACAUUGUCUCUACCUGUGAGCAGCAUAAGUCUGUGAGAAAUAUGAAGGCCUGAGUGAUGAACUGCUUUUAUAUGUCUAUGAAUGGGUCCAUUUUACUGCACACUUAAGACUUUGAAUUUUGAAAAUCAUGAUUUUUUUAAUGUGUCUUCAACCAUCCAAAAAACUCAUACUUUGUCUUUAUCCACUCACUUGUUUGUUUGUUUUUCUCUAUUUUUCUGUGAGGUGAGGAUGAUAGUGGCUGUGCAACCUUUCCAGAUAAAACCUAAUUCUUACCUCUGAUUGUGGUUUCUGAGCUUCUUCAAUCCUCCUUAGAGACGCUUCCACCUCAACAAUUUUAUAGGGGUUGAAUAAGAGUGAAAAUAAAAUAAAACAUGUUUAAGUUAAAUAAAGGAUAAUAAUAAAGUCAGAAAAACACAUAGAGAAAGCAUCUCAUUUUUAACUUUACAAAAGAUUGUGAAGGUUCACUGUCAAAUUAACUAGAAUUUUAACAGGUGCAAUGGACAUGUAUACAUGUAGGUAUGUGUGAGUGCCACUGCUGUCACCAUAAGCUGUCUCGAUAUAAAGACUAAUGACUAGUAUCUUUUAUCAGGGUAUUUUGGAAUUCCUUCAUUGGUAUUUUUUUUGAGCUAUAUGUGAUAGUAUUACCUCAUGUUAAGAAAUAUACUGUACAGAAAGAUAUCAAAAUAAUCACGUAUUCACUUGGAACCCUCCUUAGGGCCUUUUAAGUGAGCACAUGUGUAGUUUUGGAAUUGUAGGCCAAGCCAUUUUCGUUGUAUUUAUCCAUGGCAUUAUUGUGAAAACCUUCAUCCUUUUCAUGUCAUGUCGAAGAAGUCUUCAGAAAGCUCUAGGUCUGGAAUAUUUUCUCCUGUGUUUUCUCAAAGUUUUAUAGUUUUAUCUUUUACAUUUCUGGUUCAUCUUAAUUUUUUAUUGCCAUGUGAGGUUUACAUUAAAUUUCUUUCUUGUGUUUCUGCCUAAGGAUGUUCUCUUCUAGCACCAUUUGUUGAAAAGACUAUCCUACCUCCAUUGAAUUGCGUUUACUCCUUAGUAAAAAAUCAGUUGGGCAUUCAUGCUGGUCUAUUUCUGAGUUCUCUGUAUUAUCCCAUUGAUUGCUGUGUCUUAACUUCUGCCAGUACCACACUAUCUUGAUUACUGUAGUUAUUACUAAGUCUUAAAAUUGGGUAAAAUGGUUCCUCCAUAUCCUUUUAAAAAAUUGAUUUAGAUUUCCAUAUCAAUUUUUUUCCUUUGGCUUUCCAUAUACAUUUUUAUCAUGUGCUUAUCUAUAUUUACAAAACAUCUUGCUGGGAUUUUGGUAGAAAUUAAUCUGUGGGUCAUUUUGGUGAGGUUUGGAAUCUUUAUUAUAUUGACUCUUCCAGUCCAUGGACAUGGUAUGCCUCUCCAUUUAUCUAGAUCCUUGUUGAUUUAUUUCGCUAGUGUUUUGUAAUUUUUAGCUUAUAGACCCUGAAUAUAUUUUGUUAGAUUUUUAUCUAGGCACUUUUUUUUGAGUCAUUGUAUGCAGUGUUGAGUUUUUCAUUUCAGUUUGCACAUGAUCAUUACUGUUAUAUUGAAAUAUGAUUUUUGUAUGUUGAACUUGUAUCUUACGGUCUUGCCGAAUUCAUUUAUUAGUUCUAGCAGCAUUUUUUUGUUUUGUAGAUUCCUUGGAAUUUUCUUCAUAAACAAUAAUGUUAACCAGCAAAUAGCGGACAUCUUAUUUCUUCUUCCUAAUCUGUAACCCUUUCAUUUCUUUAUCCUGUCUUUAUCAUACCAGCUAGAACUUCCAGUACAGUGUUUAAUGGAAGUGAUGAAAGAGGACAUUAAGAACUUGCCUUGUUCUUAAUGUUAAGGGAGAAAGAAUUCAGUGUUGACCAUUAAAUAAGAUGAUAGCUGUGGGCUUUUAUUACACAUGUUCUUUAGUUUAGAAUGUUUCCCUCCUAAUUUGCUAAGAGCUUUCGUUAUGAAUGGAUGUUGAAUUUUGUUAGAUACUUUUCUCCAGCUGGCCUGGUGGCUCAGGUGGUUGGAGUGCCGUGCUCCUAACACUGAAGUCAGCGGUUCCAUUCCCACAUGGGCCAGUGAGCUGCACCCUCUACAGCUUAGAUUGUGAACAACAGCUCUCCCUGGAGCUGGGCUGCUGUGAGCAGCCGUGGGCUGCUUAUUUCCUGCCACAGGCUACCGUGUGCUGCCAUGAGUGGCCAACUGGCAACCGGCAACCGACUGUCUCCCUUGGGAGGAGCGCAAGGCUCAUAAUACCAGCAUGGGCCAGGGAGUUGUGUCCUACACAACUAGACUGAGAAACAAUGGUUUAAACUGGAGUGGGGAGGGGAGGCGAAUGAAGGGGGGAAAAUACUUCUCUCCUUCAAUUGAUGUGAUUGUGUGAUAUUGUUUUUUAUUUUGUUGGGGAAUUUUGUGUCUAAAAUCAUGUGCAUAUUGGUCCAUAGUCUAAUUUUUUUGUAGUGGUGUUGGUGUCUGAAUAAUACUGACCUCCAAAAAUGAACUGGGAAGUGUUCCUCCUUUUCUUCUUUUCUGGAUGAGAUUUUAUAGUAUUGGUGUUAUUCCAUCUAUUUCUGUAUUAUUUCUUAGUGUCACUGUAAACAGAAUAUUGCUGGAUAUUUUUCAACCCACCAAAGUUACUGACUACUAAUUCAAACACUUAUUCCAUAUUCCUUUCAUAUGUUACUUGGUAUAUUUGGGUUUAAAUGCAUCUUUCUGUUUUGUGCUUAUCUUUGUUU